ACAAUCCUGUUCGUGUGAUUUGCAUAGGAAAUAGCCAUGAACACAUACAGAUAAAAAAAAGAUGAUCUUAUACGCAGUUUACGAUCAAAUGUGAUCACACGUUUACUGAAUGAGGCUCGUCGUUCGUAAUACUUCAUAUCCCCCCGUAAAUACAAUUAUUCACUUACGGCACGGGUAUUUGGGUUUCUUUCAAAAUUUUUUUUUCACUUUUUUAUUGUGAGACUGGUUCUUGUUAGGCCCUAUGCGUUGCAUCUUUCUUGAUAUUUUGUUCAGGCGCGUCAAUUGCCUUGGCAGGCGACUUCAGGUUUUCGUUGUCCAGCACACUGCGCGCGCCUGGAUAGGCUGUCAGUACAGUAUGCACGUGCAGCAAAUAUGCUGUACUUCUUGGGGGACCUUCCCAACAGACUUCAAAUACGCCCCAAGCGCUAUUCUGUGUGAACAUUAUGAUCAUCGCGUGUUCACUUGGUUUGGGCUGAAGCAGUGAUUCGAGCGGGCAGCACGUGACAAACUAAGUACCCUGAUAUUAUUGAAAUUAACCGCAAGAUCCUCCGCGCAUAUGUACUACAAGCCCUUUAAACACGACCUGUUGGCUAAAACGCAAUGAUGUAUUAUUCCAAAGCUGAAUGAGCAUCCUCUUUUUCUUCACAAACACUGGGACAUAUGGAGGUUCGAAUGUGUCGACAGGUUUGUAGAAAAUAAGCCCUUUCGAUUGUUGUCCAGUGGUUUCCUUCCUAGUGUCCAGACGGUGCGGGUAUUAUUCCGCUAAUGCGGACCUGGUUUAGCACACCGGGACGGAAAACCAGGAGCCAUAUGUUUGCUUGCCACUUUGAGUCCGCUUAAAAGUAUGGUAACCUGAUGACUGACUGGCUUAACGACUUUAACAUCUGCUGUAUAAUCUCACCGCCUACAAAUGUAGGCUACAGAAAGCAUUUUGGAGCAGUCACCUCUGCUCGGCGUCUGUGCCUCGCAAGACCGGCGUAGAGUGCACCAGCGCGCUCGAGACCAUUGCAAACAAGGAAAAGCAAAACGGGACAUCAAAGGCGGAAAUUCGGCAACCGGAGACAUUGAGUUCUGCCUGUGACGUCAUCCGCAAAUCUCCGCGCGUAUCCUAGAAGAAAUCACUCCGUGGUGACCGGUUGCCAUAGGAAUGCGCACUUCCUAGGUGAAAGUUGGAAGAUGGAGAUCCGAUUUACCACAUUCGCCAGAGAAGGGAGCGAAAGCAAACAACGGCGUGUCAUGUUUGAGAAGAAGAACUCGUUCUACGCAGUUUCGUUUGCGGAAAACCACUCAUUCUCCGAUCGAGCGAUGGGUGUUGUCACCGAAGACGGCACCAUGGUAAAUGUUGACGAGACCAUUGACAUGCUGCCGAAAUCAAGGAAAGCGCUUACCAUUCAAGAGAUCGCGGCGCUGGCCAGGUCGUCGUUGUACGGUAUCUCCCAGGUGGUGAAGGACCACGUGACCAAGCCCACGGCGAUGGCGCAGGGGCGGGUGGCCCACCUGAUCGAGUGGAAGGGCUGGUGCAGGCCGUGCGACUCCCCCGCCGCCCUGGAGUCCCACUUCAGCUCGUACUCGCACCUGACCGAGGGGGAGCAGGAGGCGCGCUUCGCCGCCGGCGUGGCCGAACAGUUUGCCAUUGCCGAAGCCAAACUGAGGGCGUGGUCAUCUGUGGACGGAGAGGACUCGUACGAAGACUCCUGCGACGAGGACGCCGCGCCGUACAGCGAUGCCAACCUGACGACACAGAGCGGAGACUCCUCCCUCUACCCCCAGUUCAUCCAGGACCUGUGGCAGGGGCAGGUGUUCCAGCCGGAGGUGCCGCGCCCGGCCGAGGAUAGCCCCGCCCCUCCCGGAGCCCCGGCGGACACGCCCGACACCUUCUGCUCCAGGGUGUCCUGCCUGGAGGACGGCCCGGUGCCCGAGAGCGCGCGCAAUCCGCCCCCCUCGCCGUCCCACGCGGGGUGCCCGCGGGGGGGCCAGGAGCCGCUGGAGGAGGAGGAGGCGAAGACGGGGGACAGCACCCCCUGCUGCCCCAGCAGGGGCAUGAGCCAGGACUCCGCCUACACCCCUUCCAGCUGCCUGUCCUACCUGGAUGCGGAGGACGAGUUGGAGAGCACCGACCGGGACGUCCUGCUCGGGAACACCACCUGCCGGAAGGUCUUGGAUGAGCCCUCCUCUGGAGCCAUGUCCUUGGAGGAGGAGGAGGAGGAGGAUGAAGAUGAGAGGAGGGAGGAAGGACAUCAGUGACUCAAAUCCAUCCCCUUCCCCUCAUUCACAUUUUGGGGGGGGUUGUAUGAUCUCUCCAUUCCUCUUCAAAGGAACCCCACCCCCCCUUCUCCAUCCCACUCCCCCAUCCUCAGCUCUAACCUGCUGUAAUAUACAAACCUUUACAUCUCCACUCCCUGGAGUGAUGUGAUUGUGGAAACGCAGACGACAGAAGAACUUUAUCUUUAAAUAUGUCUGAAUGUGUUUCCAGGUUUUUUUCGGCAACACCCCCAUAUACCCUACCUCUUCUCCCUGUUCUUUCCUGUCACCCCCUUCACAAAACCACUCUCCUCUGUUGACUCUCCCACCCCCCCAUCCCCCCCCCGGCCCAUCCAGCUCAAAUCAUCGGCGUCCAGUGACUGAAAGCGAACGCUUCGGAAUCGCUCUCCCCUCCUGAAGGACCCCACUGAGUUCCUGCAGCGUAGCUGUCCGCCACGCGCCUGCUAAUUAACCUGCCACUAAAGAUAGCAAAAAAAUCGAGCCGCAGGAAAGAUCGCAACAGAUAAGGUUACGUCUUUUUAAAUAGAAAAAAAAGAAAAACACUCAGACAGAUGAAACAAAAAAAAUGAUAUGCUUCUAUUGUACUAGUUUUAUAUCAUUCCGAAUGUUGUUGUAAUAGUUAUUAUUAGGAUGAUCUUCGGGCAUAAUGAUGUAUUUCUGCAGACAGUUGUAGAAAUUAAAUUGCACUCCUUGUCUUAAAAAAAAGAAAUUUUAAAAAACCCAGAAUGUUCCCAAAAUGGACCUUUUUUAGUGGUAGAGGUACUGUGUUUUGUUUAUGAAAAGGUGAAAAUAGAAAUCAACGAUAGAAGUAGUAGUUUUUCAGUGCCGCCGUAAAAACAGUGGAUCUCAGAUUUUCUCUAUUUUUCUAUGCUGUGCCCGGCUUUGGUCUAUCUUCCACUGUGCCGUGUCAGUUCUGUGCAACUACGCUAACGUAGCCACCGGUCGCUAACUCCUCUCUUUGUUUAAUCACUGUGUGAUAUCCGCUAUAGGAAGAGAAAGAAAAGAAAAAAAAGACUUUUUUUUUUACGGAACUUCGACUGCGUUUUUUUGUAUUUUGUCGUUAUUCUCUGCCUUGUUAUGGUCAUGCUCUGGAAAAAAAAAAAGAAAAACAUUUUAACUGUCCAAAAACAUUACAAUGGCCUACGGUCUUAUAAAUCUUCUGUAAUUGC